UUUCAAGUUUCAACACAAAAUGUCAGUAGUUAAAUGUUUGACGAAAAACAACAUUUUGAUGUUAAAAUAAUUCUCAUUUGGCUAAGUUAAAAUUAUCCAUUACUCUGCUGAGCAAAUACUUGCGAUUAAAAAUACAUAGAUUAUCUUGAAUGGUAACAAAAAGGGUUUAAGAUGACCUCAUCCAAUACCUUGCAAAAGGCCAUCGAUCUUGUCACUAAAGCUACAGAGGAGGAUAAAAACAAAAAUUACGAGGAAGCCUUAAGACUAUAUGAACAUGGAGUGGAAUACUUCCUCCAUGCAGUGAAGUAUGAGGCUCAAGGUGAGAGAGCUAAAGAGAGUAUAAGAGCUAAGUGUUUACAAUAUUUGGAUAGAGCAGAGAAACUUAAGGAAUAUCUGAAGAAAGAUAAGAAGAAAAAGCCAGUAAAGGCAGGUGAAUCCAACUCAAAGAGUGAUGAAAAGAAGAGCGAUAGUGACAGUGACUCCGAUGAUCCAGAAAAGAAAAAGUUACAGGGUAAACUAGAAGGUGCCAUAGUGGUUGAGAAACCACAUGUCAAAUGGAGCGAUGUAGCUGGCCUUGAAGCAGCUAAGGAAGCCCUAAAAGAGGCAGUGAUCUUGCCUAUUAAGUUUCCGCAUUUAUUCACAGGGAAAAGAAUACCUUGGAAGGGUAUUCUCUUGUUUGGCCCACCUGGUACUGGUAAAUCUUAUUUAGCCAAGGCUGUAGCUACAGAAGCAAACAAUUCUACUUUCUUCUCAGUGUCUUCAUCUGAUCUUGUAUCUAAAUGGCUUGGUGAGUCUGAAAAGUUGGUGAGAAAUCUCUUUGACUUGGCCAGGCAGCAUAAGCCCAGCAUUAUAUUUAUUGAUGAAAUUGAUUCCUUGUGUUCAUCUCGAUCUGAUAACGAAUCAGAAUCAGCUCGUAGAAUUAAGACAGAGUUUCUGGUACAAAUGCAAGGAGUGGGUAAUGAUAUGGAUGGUAUUCUUGUACUCGGAGCUACAAAUAUACCUUGGGUGCUCGACGCUGCUAUCAGAAGGCGAUUUGAGAAGCGUAUCUAUAUAGCUCUACCGGAGGAGCACGCCAGACUUGAUAUGUUUAAAUUGCAUUUGGGUAAUACACGACACAUGCUGUCCGAGCAAGAUAUAAAGGUGUUGGCGACUAAAACUGAAGGUUAUUCCGGAGCUGAUAUCAGUAUUGUUGUGCGAGAUGCGUUGAUGCAGCCUGUGCGAAAAGUGCAAUCGGCAACUCAUUUCAAGAAAGUCACUGGCCCUAGUCCAACUGAUCCUGAUUUGAUUGUUAAUGAUUUGUUGACGCCGUGUUCCCCUGGUGACCCAGGAGCUCAGGAAAUGACCUGGAUGGAUGUACCGAGCGACAAACUAGGGGAACCACCUGUCACUAUGUCUGAUAUGUUACGCUCGCUGGCAACAUCUAAACCAACAGUCAACGAUGAAGAUAUGAUAAAAUUGAAGAAGUUUAUGGAAGAUUUUGGACAGGAAGGUUAAGAUUUUCGAUUUAUCGUGUUUGAGAUCAUUAAAUGUUAAUUGUUAGAAGCACUGAGCUUAUAUUUGUAUAAUAUGCGGUUUAUUUUUGUAACUUAAUAUAUUUUAAUUUGCUCCGCGUAACUUCAUAUGGAUAAAAGGCCUAGAUCCCUUUUUCUUUAAAGGAGAUAGUCUAUUAAAUGUAUAUUUCAAAGGUAACAUUAAUAGAAUAUUAUUUUAUUAAAUUACUUAAAUAUUUAUAGUAUGUUGUCUACCAGCGGGAAA